GGAGAAAAAUUGAAGUCCACAUAAAUUGACUCAGUAAAAUUCCCAAAUUUGAUUUCAAAUUGACCCAUCUAGGUAUAAAAAUCACCCAUUUUUUCCCUCUUUUGCCUCAAAUUUUUUUUUUGGGUGUGUGAAAUUCCACAUCUCCACCCCCAUUGCUCACAAUCAUUGUAUCGAUUCCAGCACCCCCUAUUCAAUACUAACACUAUUCAUUCAAUCAUUCCCACUCCUUCAAAAUCAAAACUUGAAAUCUCCAAAAAUACACACACACACAUAUACAUAUAUAUAUAUAUAUAUAUAUAUCUAGAGAGAGAGAGAGAGAGAGAGAAGAUUUUGGGGGUUCGUGUAUAUUUGGGUAGAGAGAAUUGAAAAAAGACGAUGAUGGAGGUGAUCCUCCAUGUGUACGACGUGACGAACAGUGGAAACGAGAAAACGAACAACACUAUUAUGCAGAUUAACAAGAUCUUCAAAGAUGGAAUCUCCCUCGGCGGAAUCUUCCACAGCGCUGUUCAGGUAUAUGGUGACGAUGAAUGGUCCUUUGGGUAUUGUGAACAGGGUACAGGAGUUUUUAGUUGUCCAUCAACAAAGAAUCCAAUGUAUACAUACCGUGAAAGCAUUAAACUCGGGCAAACAUCCUUCUCUAUCUUCAAGGUUAAUCAGAUCCUGAGGGAACUUAGUAGAGAGUGGCCUGGACACUCGUAUGAUUUGCUGUCCAAGAAUUGCAAUCAUUUCUGCGAUGAGUUCUGUGAAAGACUUGGCGUGCCAAAGCUUCCUGGUUGGGUUAACAGGUUUGCAAACAUUGGUGACACCGCGACUGAAAUAGCUGGUAACACAGCCUAUCGAUUUAGACAAGCUAAAACUGAAAUUGUAACUGCUAGCAAAGUGGCGUAUCGUUUUUUAGCAGGAGUUGCAUCGAACAAUUCAAUCGUGGCUCCGGAAUCUCCCGGAAACUCUACGAGAGGAAGCCCUAGAUUCCAAGGCAGCUGGUUCAAGAACCUUAUUUCUGCUGGUGCUAAACCGUCCGGUAGUUCAGAGCUCGAAAAUGGUGAUGAAGAGAUGCUUCGUCAGCAACAGAGACGAGAGCACUCUCUCCGUGAUAUUUGAAUACUCGUGUAUUUUCAUUUGUAACUUUUGUUGUGGAUUUUGUUGUAAAAUGGUGUAGUUCUUUCUUUUUUUCACUCAACUGUGUAUUUGUUCCACCCACUGUUCAAAGAUUUUACAUUUGAAGAUAGAUAUAUAUUGGUGCUGUUGUAUUUGUUCA